AUUCCAAUUGGGCCUCAGCUAGAGUCGGUGGCACGCGCUCGAAUCCGACUUGUUUGCUUAACUUCGCUUUCUGCAACUACUAGUCCGCAAACGCCAUGCCCAAAGACGUUAUUAUCCGCGACUCUAGGAGCCCGUCUGAUGCUUCUAGCAUGCGGUUGAAACGCCAUCGGCACAGGCGUGGGAGAAAAAUUGCUUCGUCGUUUCGUUGUUUCCUUGUACACGGAGUACAUGCACAUUCUCCGCAGUCCGCCGUAGUAGUACUACUAUUAUUAUUCACUGGAUCCACCUAUCCGGCCAGAAGGCUGUAUGAGUUAGCAAGGAAGGUUAUAGCGACCCAAUAAGAAAAUGCUUAUGGAAUGGCACGGAUAAGAAAGCUAUUUGACCCAUUGGCGUUUAAUAUCGGCUAGGCAUCGGCAACCGGAUACUAGAGGGGCAUCUUAAUAUUAUGAAGUAUUACGGCCAGGGAAGCUUGGCUGAGCGACAGCCCAAGGCGUCCAAACAGUUGGAAGUCGUAUGUGACUCCUCAGAUUGCUGGUACGAGGAGCAAGUGUCCGUCCUACUCCAGUAUUUCGCAAGUAUUGUACAAGUGCCCCUUUCUCCCCCUCUCUUGUCAACUUCAAAGUGGUCAAUGCGGCAAAAAAGAUUAUGACAGUUGAGUAAUGGC